UGCAGCUGGGGGACCCUUCACUUGGUUCCUCUCCCAUUCACCCAUUGGCUCAGUUGGGUCUUGGUUUCUCCAGCAGCUCCACCACAGCAAAUAACCGUCAGCCAUGAGCAAGUCCUACUCCUCCUCGGCCCAGACGGCCUCCUCAUACCGUCGCACCUUUGGUUCUGGUGUCAGUUCAUCCCCGAUGUCUUCCCUUUUCUCCACUCACGGAGGAGGAGGAGGUCGCAGCUCCUCAACCCAUACUACUCGAAUGUAUGAGGUGAAGAGUGGUGCUCCUUUGUAUUCCAGCUUCAGGGUGUCCUCCGGCGGUGCUGGGAUCGGCUCCUCCAAAGCCAUGCGCACCUACGGCGAGAAACUUGACUUCAACCUGGCCGAUGCCAUGAACCAGGACUUCCUCAACACAAGGACCAACGAGAAGGCCGAGCUUCAGCAUCUCAACGACCGCUUCGCCAGCUACAUUGAGAAAGUUCGUUUUCUCGAGCAGCAGAACGCUGCCCUGACGGUAGAGAUCGAAACGCUCAAGGGCCGUGAGGGACCCGGGCGUGUGGCUGAGAUGUAUGAAGAUGAAAUGAGGGAGCUGAGGAGGCAGAUUGAAGCUCUGUCAAACCAGCGGGCUCGUGUGGAGGUGGAAAGAGAUAACCUGGCUGACGACCUUCAGAAAUUGAAGCUCAGACUACAGGAAGAGGUUCACCAGAAGGAAGAAGCCGAGAACAAUCUCUCUGCUUUUAGAGCGGAUGUGGACAAUGCCACUCUCGCCAGGUUGGACCUGGAGAGGCGCAUCGAGAGUCUACAAGAGGAGAUUGCCUUCCUCAAGAAGAUCCAUGAAGAGGAGAUCCGUGAGCUGCAGAGCCAGAUGCAGGACACUCAGGUGCAGAUCCAGAUGGACAUGUCGAAACCCGACCUGACCGCAGCUCUGAGGGACAUCCGUAUGCAGUACGAGGCGAUCGCUGCCAAGAACAUCUCAGAGGCAGAGGACUGGUACAAGUCUAAGGUCUCAGAUCUGAACCAGGCUGUGAGUAAGAACAAUGAUGCCCUGCGCUCUGCCAAACAAGAGAGCAUGGAGUACAGACACCAGAUCCAGUCCUAUACCUGUGAGAUUGACUCACUCAAGGGCACCAACGAGUCUCUGCUGCGUCAGAUGAGAGAGAUUGAGGACCGCAUGAGUCGCGAGGCUUCUGGCUACCAGGACACUAUCGCACGUCUGGAGGAAGACAUUGCCAAGAUGAAGGACGACAUGGCCCGUCACCUGAGGGAGUACCAGGACCUGCUGAAUGUUAAGAUGGCUCUUGAUAUUGAGAUCGCCACCUACCGCAAGCUGCUGGAGGGAGAGGAGAGCAGGAUCACCACCACUAUGCCUGUCCAAACUGCCUAUUCCUCAAUUGGAUUUCGAGAGACCAGUCCUGAGUCUCAGCCCCAGCGUUCCUCAGAGAUGCACUCAAAGAAGACGGUUCUUAUCAAGACCAUCGAGACCCGCGAUGGCGAGGUUGUCAGUGAGUCCACACAGCACCAGCAAGACAUCAUGUGAAUGGGAGGUGAUGACAUAAAAACACGUUAUUUACAAUAAGUUAUAAAAAAAAAAGAAUAAAAAUAGGAAACGUAGGCAUCUUCCCAUUGUUGUGUAAUAUGGUUUAUGACAAAUCUUGUCAUACAUGGCGUGAAACGUGGUCAGAGCGAAUUGUGAUGGCAAUUUUUCCGCAUUUUGUCUACGCAACUAUGCAUUUGUGAAAUGGGAUAGAGGAUGGCUUGUGUUAGAGUUUGCGGCUGGAACAAAAGUGGGAAGAUGGUGGUUAAAAAUGUCAAGAAACAUCUAUUGAAAAAGGAACUAAGACAUGUGUGACAUUAUGAUCUUGGCCUUGAGCCGAGAGCGUGUGAUUGCGUGUGCAUCGGCGACCAUGUGGAGCUGCUUCACUCUGACUAAAAUCGCAAAAAUAAAAGACAUUUAUGAUCACAA